AUGGAUCAUGAAGCAGAUGCUAACAGAACUGAUUUGAUGACAAUAACUCGUUUUGUUCUCAAUGAACAAUCUAAGUUUCCUGAAUCACGUGGUGAUUUCACCAUCCUCAUUAGUCACAUUGUUCUUGGCUGCAAAUUCGUUUGCUCUUCUGUCAACAAGGCAGGAUUGGCAAAACUCCUAGGACUUGCUGGAGACACCAAUAUUCAAGGGGAGGAACAAAAGAAAUUGGAUGUGAUUUCUAAUGAAGUAUUUGUGAAAGCCUUAAUCAGCAGUGGAAGAACAUGCCUUCUUGUUUCUGAAGAGAAUGAAGAUGCUAUCAUUGUGCCACCAUCACAACGUGGCAAAUACAUUGUUGUGUUUGAUCCUUUGGAUGGAUCCUCAAACAUUGAUUGUGGAGUUUCUAUUGGAACUAUCUUUGGUAUUUACAUGGUGAAGGAUAUAAAUAAUGUUACCGUUCAAGAUGCAUUGCAACCUGGUAGCAAAUUAGUAGCAGCUGGUUAUUGCAUGUAUGGAAGCUCUUGCACGUUUGUGCUUAGCACAGGAUAUGGAGUGAAUGGUUUCACACUUGAUCCUUCCCUUGGAGAGUUCAUAUUGACUCAUCCAAACAUCAAGGUACCGAAGAAAGGAAAGAUUUAUUCGGUGAAUGAAGGAAAUGCGAAAAACUGGGAUGAACCUACCACCAAAUAUGUAGCAAAUUGCAAGUUUCCACAAGAUGGUUCAUCACCAAAAUCUCUUAGGUACAUUGGCAGUAUGGUAGCUGAUAUCCAUAGAACAUUGCUAUAUGGUGGUACCUUCAUGUACCCUGCUGAUACCAAAAAUCCAAAUGGAAAACUAAGGGUUUUGUAUGAAGUGUUUCCAAUGUCAUAUUUGAUGGAACAAGCAGGAGGUCAAGCUUUCACAGGAAAACAAAGGGCACUUGACUUAGUUCCAGAGAAAAUACAUGAUAGAUCACCAAUAUUUCUUGGAAGCUAUGAUGAAAUUGAGAAAAUCAAAGAGCUCUAUGCAGAACUUUAG